CAGUCCGGCGAACCUGGCAGCCGAGCGCGCCCGUCCCGCGCCCCGAGUCCGUCUGUCCAUCCGCGGAGCGCCCCGAUCGCCGGGCUGAGACCCCCCACCGCCGGCAUGGGGUACGGCCGCUCAGACAGCUACCGCGUGGCCACCACGCAGGACAAGAGCGAGAAGGAGUCGCCCAAGAAGGGGAGCAAAGAUGCCAAGGCCAGAGACCUGGACGAUCUCAAGAAGGAAGUGGCCAUGACUGAGCACAAAAUGUCCAUCGAGGAAGUUUGCAGAAAAUACAACACGGACUGUGUGCAGGGUUUGACCCACAGCAAAGCACAGGAGAUCCUGGUGCGGGAUGGGCCCAAUGCCCUGACGCCCCCCCCCACCACCCCCGAGUGGGUCAAAUUCUGCCGCCAGCUCUUCGGGGGCUUCUCCAUCCUGCUGUGGAUUGGGGCCAUCCUCUGCUUCCUGGCCUACGGCAUCCAGGCCGGCACCGAGGACGACCCGGCCAACGACAACCUCUACCUGGGCAUCGUGUUGGCCGCUGUCGUCAUCAUCACCGGCUGCUUCUCCUACUACCAAGAGGCCAAAAGCUCCAAGAUCAUGGAGUCCUUCAAGAACAUGGUCCCCCAGCAAGCCCUGGUGAUCCGGGAAGGGGAGAAGAUGCAGCUGAACGCGGAGGAGGUGGUCGUCGGGGACCUGGUGGAGGUGAAGGGGGGCGACCGCGUCCCUGCUGACCUGCGCAUCAUCUCGGCCCACGGCUGCAAGGUGGAUAAUUCCUCCCUGACGGGCGAAUCGGAGCCACAGACCCGCUCCCCCGACUGCACCCACGACAACCCGCUGGAGACCCGCAACAUCACCUUCUUCUCCACCAACUGCGUAGAGGGCACGGCGCGUGGGGUGGUCAUCGCCACGGGCGACCGCACGGUGAUGGGCCGCAUCGCCACGCUGGCCUCGGGCCUGGAGGUCGGCAAGACGCCCAUCGCCGUGGAGAUCGAGCAUUUCAUCCAGCUGAUCACCGGCGUGGCCGUGUUCCUGGGCGUCUCCUUCUUUGUGCUCUCGCUCAUUCUGGGCUACUCCUGGCUGGAGGCCGUCAUCUUCCUCAUCGGCAUCAUCGUGGCCAACGUGCCCGAGGGGCUGCUGGCCACCGUCACGGUCUGCCUGACGCUGACGGCCAAGCGCAUGGCGCGCAAGAACUGCCUGGUGAAGAACCUGGAGGCGGUGGAGACGCUCGGCUCCACCUCCACCAUCUGCUCCGACAAGACGGGGACCCUGACCCAGAACCGCAUGACGGUCGCCCACAUGUGGUUCGAUAACCAGAUCCAUGAGGCCGACACCACCGAGGACCAGUCGGGAACGGCCUUCGACAAGAGCUCGGCCACCUGGCUGGCCCUGUCCCACGUCGCCGGGCUCUGCAACCGCGCCGUCUUCAAGGGGGGGCAGGACAACGUGCCCAUCCUCAAGCGGGACGUGGCUGGUGACGCCUCGGAGUCGGCUCUGUUGAAAUGCAUCGAGCUGUCGUCCGGCUCCGUCAAGCUGAUGCGGGAGAGAAACAAGAAAGUGGCCGAGAUCCCCUUCAACUCCACCAACAAGUACCAGCUGUCCAUCCACGAGACUGAGGACCCCAACGACAACCGCUACCUGCUGGUGAUGAAGGGGGCGCCGGAGCGGAUCCUGGACCGCUGCUCCACCAUCCUGAUGCAGGGCAAGGAGCAGCCGCUGGACGAGGAGCUGAAGGAGGCUUUUCAGAACGCCUACCUGGAGCUGGGCGGGCUGGGCGAGCGGGUGCUCGGUUUCUGUCACUUCUACAUGCCCGAGGAGCAGUACCCCAAGGGCUUCGCCUUCGACUGCGAUGACGUGAACUUCACCACCGAGAACCUCUGCUUCGUGGGGCUCAUGUCCAUGAUCGACCCGCCCCGCGCCGCCGUGCCCGACGCCGUGGGCAAGUGCCGCAGUGCUGGCAUCAAGGUUAUCAUGGUGACCGGCGACCACCCCAUCACCGCCAAGGCCAUCGCCAAGGGUGUGGGCAUCAUCUCCGAGGGCAACGAGACCGUGGAAGACAUCGCCGCCCGUCUCAACAUCCCCGUCAGCCAGGUCAACCCCAGGGACGCCAAGGCCUGCGUGAUCCACGGCACGGACCUGAAGGACAUGAGCACGGAGCAGAUCGACGAGAUCCUGCAGAACCACACGGAGAUCGUCUUCGCCCGCACCUCGCCCCAGCAGAAACUCAUCAUCGUGGAGGGCUGCCAGAGACAGGGCGCCAUCGUGGCCGUGACAGGCGACGGCGUGAACGACUCCCCGGCACUGAAGAAGGCCGACAUCGGGGUGGCCAUGGGCAUCGCCGGCUCCGACGUCUCCAAGCAGGCGGCCGACAUGAUCCUGUUGGACGACAACUUCGCCUCCAUCGUCACCGGCGUCGAGGAGGGGCGCCUGAUCUUCGACAACCUGAAGAAAUCCAUCGCCUACACGCUGACCAGCAACAUCCCCGAGAUCACCCCCUUCCUGCUCUUCAUCAUGGCCAACAUCCCGCUGCCCCUCGGCACCAUCACCAUCCUCUGCAUCGACCUGGGCACCGACAUGGUUCCUGCCAUCUCCCUGGCCUACGAAGCCGCUGAGAGCGACAUCAUGAAGCGCCAGCCUCGAAACCCCCGGACGGACAAGCUGGUGAACGAGAGGCUGAUUAGCAUGGCCUAUGGGCAGAUCGGGAUGAUCCAGGCGUUGGGCGGGUUUUUCGCCUACUUUGUGAUCCUGGCCGAGAACGGGUUCCUGCCCUCGGGGCUGGUCGGGAUCCGGCUGAACUGGGACGACCGGACUGUGAACGACUUGGAGGACAGCUACGGGCAGCAGUGGACGUACGAGCAGCGCAAGGUGGUGGAGUUCACCUGCCACACGUCCUUCUUCGUCAGCAUCGUGGUGGUGCAAUGGGCUGAUCUGAUCAUCUGCAAAACCAGGAGAAACUCAGUGUUCCAGCAGGGCAUGAAGAACAAGAUCCUGAUUUUCGGGCUCUUUGAGGAGACAGCGCUGGCCGCCUUCCUGUCCUACUGCCCCGGCAUGGAUGUGGCGCUGCGGAUGUACCCCCUGAAGCCCAGCUGGUGGUUCUGUGCCUUCCCAUACAGCUUCCUCAUCUUCGUGUACGACGAGAUCCGGAAACUCAUCCUGCGCCGGAACCCCGGAGGCUGGGUCGAGAAGGAAACUUACUACUGAGCCCCCCCCGCCCCCCCGCGCCGGAGACCACGAGGCUGGUGGGACGUCGGCUCGGAGGAAAGUGACUCGUCCCCCCCCCACGUGGCUGAGAACGUGAAACUGUCCCUGCCCCCCCCCGCUGGGGGGGUUUUAUUUAUUGUGUCACCAACAUCCCCCCACCGCUGGGACCGAACCCAGGAUCCCCAGAGCUAAGGGGGGGCUGGGAGCAGUCGGGGGGGCUCUUGUCCAGUGUGGGGGAGACAGUCACGGGAGAUACAGACUCCCCCUGGUCACACAGGUCUCCUGUCUUCUCCCCCGAGGGCAUGCGUGUGUCCCCACCCCGCACAUAGAUUCCCCAUCUUCCUCUCCACCAGGUCACUCCCUUCUCCAUUCCCAGUGGGGUAUGGGGGGCAGAAGCCAGCCCUCAGCCACAGACUGGGGGGGGGUAAACUCGGGGGGGGGGGUCAGCAGAGCACCAGGGAGGGGUUGUGGAACAGAACCCAGGAGUCCUAAUCCCCCCCCGCAUGCCUUUACCAAGCCAAUAGCUUCCCCCGGCCAGUCUUGGGUGCCCCCCCUUGCCCUCCUGCCCCUCCCGACCCCAGGGCCCUGUCUGAGGGGUUGGGGGAUCCUGCGGCUGCCCUUUGACCCCAGAUUCCAGGUUAUGGACCAAGGGAAACCAGGGCCUCAUCCGUGUGUGUGUGUGUGAGGGGGUCCCUAUGGCUGAGGGGAGGCAGAGGGGUCUGUCCCUCCCAUCCCCAGUGUCCAUGGGGAGGGGGGUGUUGUGCUCGCUCCCCCUCCCCCACCCUGUGUGUGCUGGGGGGGAGCCUUACUCCCCAUCCCUCCCCCCCACCCCCGUUUGGGGAUCGUGUCGUCAUGUGACAAAAACAAACUCAAUUUAACAAAUAAAACCAAACCCAGCCCCGGA